AUGGCUUCCAAUAUUUCCAUUUGUGGCAUCUGUGAUCUCCGACAUCUUUCAAAUCCAUCUACACACUGGUGCCAAGACUGUGACGAAGCUAUUUGUUCAGAAUGCAAGCAACAACAUAAUUUAUUAAAAGCAACACGUGGACAUACAACUAUUCCAAUAGCUGAUUAUAAAAAAUUACCUGCUUUCGUAACUGAUAUUAAACAGUACUGUGACGUACACAAUGAAAAAUAUCAAAAUUAUUGUCAGAAGCAUGAAUGUCCUAUUUGCUACAAGUGUAUUCAAGACCAUGCUAAAUGUACAGAAAGUAUUUUAGACCUCGAAACGGUUAUAAAGCACGCAAAGACGUCUCAGAUUUUCCAGGAUUUGAUUCAGAGUGUUUCAGAUUUACAUUCAAACAUCACACAGAUGACGAAAGCCCGCGAAAAUAAUUUGGCUAAACUAGCAGAUCAAUGCAAAUCAGCAGUCAAGGAAAUUCGAGAGUUUAGAGUGAAAGUGAAUCAUCAUCUGGAUGUUGUUGAGAAGGGUCUGAUUACAAAGCUGCAGGACGCCGAGAGUAAAUGCAGUCAACAAAUUAAAGAAGCCAUUAAAAGCCUUAAUGAAGUAGAAUCAGAAAUUUCAAAUUGUGAUGAUAUAUUACAAGGUAUAAAGCAACAUGCAUCAGAACUCCAAGUUUAUCUGGCGACCAGAGAAAUCGAAAGGCAAUUUUCAGAUAAAGAAAACCGAUUGACAUCCCUGAUGGAAAACAAUCAUUUUCAUGAUAUUACUGUCAGUUUGGAUAUAGACACACUGGUAGAAUAUAUUCUAUCUGAUGUGAAGGUGUUUGGAACAGUAUCUAUUGAAACAAUACCAUCCAAUUAUAAAUUAAUCAACAGGAAAUCAAAGCAAGCCCAAAUAAUUACAACCGAUUUCAAGUCCUUUGACGACAUCAAGUUAAACCAAAUAAACAAAUUUGAUUCUGGUAGUCGACACGUAACCGGAUGUGCCUUCCUUUGUGAUGGACGAAUGGUAUUUACUGAGUACGAAGGAAGGCAUUUGUAUAUCACGAAGAAAAAUGGGGAUCUGGAUUUCAAAAUUCCAACGAAAAGAAAAAAAUCAUUCGCUGUGACUGUGAUGGAUGCUACGACUGUUGCUGUAAGUUCCGGUAAACCAGAUGCAAAUGAAAAAGCAUGUAUUCAGAUUAUUAACAUAAAGUUGCGAGAAGUAAUCAAAACAAUGCAUACCGAAUCCUGGUGUUAUGGGGUAGUGUUUGUCGAUGAUAAGCUAGUAUUUUGUGGGAAUGAGCCCAAUGGAAUUUAUGAGAUCGAUUUGAAAACUAACACACAGAGUGUUAUGAGUCGUACAGUUCCUUUAAGCACUUGGUCAAAUAUCAGUUUCCUGGAUAAAAACAAGUUCUACAUUACAAAUACUAGAACAAGCGCUGUCACAUGCUAUGACAACAAAUUCAACGUUAUCUGGACUUAUAUGGACGACAUGAAUAUGCAAUCAAUACGAGGAUUCUGUGUUGAUACCAUUGGAAAUGUGUUUGUUGCAUCUGAGAAAUGUAAGAACGUCACUAUAAUUUCCCAUGACGGAAAACGUGCUAAACAAAUAUUAGACAAAACAGAUGGAUUAGAUGCUCCGUUUGCAGUGCAAUACGACCGUUUUACCAAUCGACUGCUAGUUGCUAAUGAGAAGGGUAUGACGUAUUUGUUUGGCAUGCAAUAA